UUGCAGGAGUUAGUGAGCUUCCCCGCCGGCGCAGCAUAAUUUCAUCCUCGUAUUGACUGGUGAGGAGGCUGAAUUUGUGUGCUCUGGCAAUUAAAGCAUUAAGGCCAUGGCUGACGCAGCAGACCAUUCUUCUCAAGGUACUUCAUCAGUGGCUCUUCAAGAGUUUGAUGAAGCGGAGAGCAGCAAAGACUGUGAAAAGUUGGAGUUCUCUGACGAUGAAGCGAGUCUCGUCGCAAGGAUGUUUAGACUAGUCGGACAAAGGUGGUCGCUUAUUGCCGGGAGAAUCCCUGGCAGGACGCCGGAGGAGAUCGAGAAGUACUGGACUUCGAGGUACACCAUAAGUGAACAGUGAAUGAGAUAAAAAAGGCUGCGACGAAGCUUCUGUGAUAGAGUUCCUUCUCUGUCUCUACAGGGUUGGCGUUUGUGUACUACUGUAACUUGUUGUUCUGCUCCCUUGUACGUGAAAAGAACAGGUUCUUUUUUUAAUGCAUUAUAUCGGUCUUACUGGGUCC